AUGUCUGCAGUCAUGGAUCCAAACGUGGGCAUGUCAGAUGCCGUCUCAUAUGCUUUCACUAUACUCCGAGCUAUGAAGGAAGAUGGCAAUCUUCCUAGCUUUGACUACUAUGAGAUCCUACAACGUACCCGAGCAAGUAUUGGUAAGAUGAGAGAAGGCAACGAAGCAAGCUCCCGUGUAUCCGCCGUUCCCAAUGGAAGCACAACGCCACAGGAACAACUGGUUCACGAUGCCGAUGGAUCGGCCCUAGGCUUUGCGGACGGAGUUCCCCUAGAUCAUCCUCUUAUAGAUAGAUUUCUGGCAGAUAAAACCUUUGUAUGGCCAGACGGAAUGAUCCCCCACGAUGACUCUUUAAGAGACCUGGCGUGCGAGCUAGGAGAUGAGUUUUUGUUUGGUCCGGCCUGA